AUGAGUCCUAGUUCAGUUAAGGGCUCAACGACGGAAGCGAAGAUGUCUGCAAACUAUGAGAUUUUCAAAAAUUUCAUUGCCGGUGGGGUUGGUGGUACGUGUUGUGUUGCGACGGGACAUCCAUUCGAUACGGUCAAAGUCAGACUACAAACUAUGCCCGCACCAAUCAAUGGUGCCAGACCGUUAUUCACGGGUGCUUUAGACUGUGUUCGGCAAACGGUCGGUAAAGAAGGUCUUCUGGCUCUGUACAAGGGUAUGGCAGCGCCGAUUGUAGGUGUAGCGCCGUUAUUUGCCACAUACUUCGGUGGAUGUGCAUUCGGUAAAUGGAUCCAACGAGCUGAGCCUGGUCAAGAACUAAGCUUCAUCCAGAAUUUUAAUGCAGGCGCCUUGGCGGGUAUUUUCACGGCCGUCAUUAUGGUGCCUGGUGAACGAAUCAAAUGCCUUUUACAAGUACAACAGUCUGGGCAUCGUGCACCAGGAGCGCCUCAUUACAGUGGUCCGAUUGAUGUGGUGAAAAAGUUGUACAAGCAAGGCGGUAUUCAGAGUUUAUAUCGUGGUACUGCUGCCACACUUCUACGAGAUAUACCAGCAAGUGGUGCGUAUCUAUCGACUUACGAAUAUCUCAAAAAGUUAUUCUCGGGUGGUGCACCAGAUCGAAAUCUCUCUCCAGUGGCCACUCUAAUGGCUGGUGGUUUCGCUGGUAUCGCUAAUUGGGCUGUUUGUAUUCCCGCAGAUGUCAUGAAGUCACGUCUACAAACGGCUCCCGAGGGCAAGUAUCCGGACGGAAUUCGUGGAGUAUUCCGUGAGAUAAUGCGUGACGAAGGUCCACGAGCUCUUUUCAAAGGCUUCACACCUGUAAUGCUGAGAGCUUUUCCAGCGAAUGCAGCAUGUUUCUUCGGUUUGGAAGUGACACUGAGGCUGUUUCAUGUUUUCGAAUAG